CUCGUACUUCGUAACAAGCUUAGAGAACAUGUCUCAGUGGAUUGAAACUGUUGUGGUUUUUCUAUUGUCAGUUGUGGCAAUCAACUGCCAAGUGUCUGGUCCAUCGGGUCCAAUAGGCCCUCCGGGUCAGCCGAGGCCACAAUGUCGACCCCUGCUAAUUAAAGGUGGCCAUACCUCCAUACUCCCGCCGCCGCCAAUCUUACCGUACCGAUGUUGUGGAAGCGCUCGGUACAAUUCUUCAACAAGCGUCUGUUGCCUCAACCGAGUUUAUUCAAAGAAAUCUGGUUAUGUAUGCUGUGGAUCAAGAUAUUACCAUCCCAGGCUACAAAUCUGCUGCAGUAACACACUACUGCCCAAACAGCUGGGAAAGUUCUGCUGUGGGACGGGACUGUAUGAUCCUCAGAGACAAGUCUGCUGCAACCGUCGACCAGUGACAAAACUAUCCGCUGCUUUAAGCCGAUGCUGUGGACGCACCCUUUACGACCCAUCCAAAUACUUGUGUUGCAAAAACACAGUACAACUUAGGCAGCCAGGAAAGUUUUGCUGUGGAAUAAGACUGUAUGAUCCACGAAACCAAAUCUGCUGCAACCUUCAACCAGUAACGAAGCAAUCGCCUACUCAUAGGGUUUGCUGUGGAAGCACUUCAUAUGAUCCUCGCCAUCAAGCGUGCUGCUUCGGUUCGCCGUAUAAUCGAGCAAAUCAAUUCUGCUGUAAUCGAAAAGUAGUGACAAGGCAAUCGCCUACUCAUAGGGCUUGCUGUGGAAGCACUUCCUAUGAUCCUCGCCAACAACGCUGCUGCUUCGGCAAGCCGUACAAUCUUGCAAAUCAACUCUGCUGCAAUCGACAAGUCGUGGUAAAGCAAUCGCCUGCUUAUAGGGCUUGCUGUGGAAGCACGCAAUAUGAUCCUGGCCAACAACGCUGCUGCUUCAGCGAGCCAUACAAUCUAACAAAUCAACUCUGCUGCAAUCGAAAAGUCGUGACAAAGCAAUUGCCUACUCAUAGGGCUUGCUGUGGAAGCAAUCCAUAUGAUCCUCGCCAACAACGCUGCUGCAUCACAAGACUGUAUGAUCCUCGCCAACAGGCCUGCUGCUUCGGCAGCCCAUACAAUCUUGCAAAUCAACUCUGCUGCAAUCGAAAAGUCGUAACAAAGCAAUCGCCUGCUCAUAGGGCUUGCUGUGGAAGCACUCAAUAUGAUCCUCGCCAACAACGCUGCUGCUUCAGCAAGCCAUACAAUCUAACAAAUCAACUCUGCUGCAAUCGACAAGUCGUGACAAAGCAAUUGCCUACACAUAGGGUUUGCUGUGGAAGCAGUCCAUAUGAUCCUCGCCAACAACGCUGCUGCACCACAAAACUGUAUGAUCCUCGCCAACAAGCGUGCUGCUUCGGCAAGCUAUACAAUCCUGCAAAUCAACUCUGCUGCAAUCGAAACGUCGUAGCAAAGCAAUCGCCUGCUCAUAGGGCUUGCUGUGGAAGUACUUCAUAUGAUCCAAAGAGCUUCCUAUGCUGUAGUGGCCAGUUGCGUGGCAAGCGUUCAAACUCACAUGCUUGCUGUGGCAGGGCGGUUUUUGAUUCCUCAAGGCAGAAGUGUUGCUAUGGUAAAAUAAUCAGCUCAUCGGAUCCCUUUCCUUCUAGACUUGGAUGCUGUGGAUCGUUUUCCAGUCCAAAGACAUAUAACAGAGCCACACAUCUCUGUUGCAACCGAAGAGUGAUACUGAAACCAACAGGAACAUCAACCGCUUGCUGUGGAAGUGUCGCAUAUGAUCGCAGACAAAGGGUAUGCUGUGGUUCAAACCUUUAUUCCAAGCCUAGUUCGAACGUGGCAAUGAGCUGUUGUGGUCUGACACCAUAUUACCCAUCCAAUCAGUUGUGCUGUGCUCGACAGAUCACCUACAGACCACCGGGUAUCAGGUCCCCGCGUUGCUGUGGCCAGGUGUCAUUUGACCCUUCUAAAGAGGGGUGCUGCGGUUUCUCUAGUGUUUUCUCCCUUGAUACACAACAAUGUUGUCCUGACCGCUCAGUGGCAGCCAGGGGAUGCUGUUAUAAUAACAAUCUGCAGAAUGCAAAAUGCAAGGUCUAGCACAUAAACCCUCCACCUACACCCACUCCUCCCUCCAGUUAAUAGAAUAAAGUGCGAUGAUUUUUGUUUUGCCCAAAAGUGAGUGGCUGCGACGGCAUUUGAUCGAAAUUCCUUCUUUGUUGAUUCACGUGAUUUAGUUUCCACAUUGCAUGCAUUUCAUCUUAACGUAAGUUCAUUUUUCAAAGAUUUGUGCACCCAUUGCAAAUUUUUUCCACUGGCGCUAAGCAUGCCUUGAAGAUAGCUUAUCAUUUUAUUUUUCUUAUAUACCUCUUAAUUCAAUUACCUAUUUUAGAAAGGCCACCUGAAUAACAAACAUAUCGAAUCGGUUAUUUUAAGUGCGAUGAUACUUGUGGGAUCAUUGCGCGUAAUUAAAGUGCUGCUACCCAUAACAUCACGUUUUUAGGACCUGUUUUUUUGUUAAAAAUCUAGAUCCUUAAAGAUAAGCGAGCAAUAGAUAAUUUUCAAGGCAAAUCCAUUUACAGGUCCUAAAUAAAAGGAAUGCCCAUACGUUCGGUAUGAUAUAUUCCUUUGAAAAAUAGAAACUGUAAAGUUAACUUGGGUGAAGGUAUGUUUUAAACAGUUUGUUCGCACGCUACGCAAUCACCCAUUCCAUAUUCCAAUUGCUUUUACGUAAUGUA